GAGAGCCCUCAAUUACUCUCUGCCCAUCCAUGGCUUCUUAUGGAUUCCCCUCUCUCCUUCUUCUCAGCUGCAUUUUUGUGUUCGCUUCUGCCACACUUUCUUCUCCUUCCUCCCCGAAAGUCUCACUUGCUCUGUACUACGAGACCCUCUGCCCUUACUGUUCCAGAUUCGUCUUUAAUCAUCUGUCGAAGGUCUUCGAGAAUGGACUCAUUACAAUCAUCGAUCUCCAGCUUGUUCCUUACGGAAACGCCAUUACAAAAGGCAAUGUCACCAUAAUCUGCCAGCAUGGUCCAGAUGAGUGCAUGCUGAAUACUGUGGAAGCCUGUGCCAUUGACGCUUGGCCAGAUCUGACUGAGCAUUUCAAAUUCAUUUCCUGUAUUGAACAACUGGUCAUAGAGAACAAGUCCAAAGAGUGGGAAUCCUGUUUUAUGAAAUUGAAUUUCCAUCCAAACCCCAUCAUUGAAUGUUAUAAUAGUGGACAUGGGAAGGAGCUUGAACUUAAAUAUGCAAGUAUGACUGGUUCUCUUAAUCCUCCUAUUCAAUAUGUGCCUUGGGUAACUGUCAAUGAUCAGCCACUCCAUCUGGACUAUGAAAACUUCAUAAGCUAUGUGUGCAAUGCUUACAAAGGCACUACUGUGCCUGAGGCUUGCGAGCACUUAACCCAACAGAUCAACUCAGUGGAGAAAGCAAACCCAUCCUAUGAAGUUUGCUUUGCAGAUUAGGUAACCAAGAGAUCAGCUUCAUACUCAUCAUCACUGACAAAAAAGGAAGAACAUUGACUGCAAGAACUCUACGGAGGAAGCUCCAGAUGAUGUAAUAUUCCAUAUAGAAGUCAUACUCUGAUGUUAUCUAUUGUGAUUUGUGAUUGGCCCAUUAUGGACCAGACCAAAUAUAUAUGUAAAUAAAAAAAAAAAAAUUGCAUCAUUUAUUAAAUGUUAAGAGCUCACUCUCUCAUGGUGAAUUGGUUACGGCUCUCUUUGCUGUCA